AUGACCCGUUCGGAACGGUGGUUCAAGGACGCCCGUUCCUUUUGCCAGGAGCGCUUCCUACCAAACGACCACCAGCACUACGAUACGCGCUUCGACAGGGACGCUCGCGGUUCCUUUGCACCCUUCUCCCUGGGGCCCCACGGCUGUCCCGGUACGAACCCCGCCAUUCAGCGUCUAAGGAUCGUUAUUGCGAAGAUGGCGUGGAGCUUUGAUAUGGAGCUCAGGAACAUGGACCAGAUCGACUGGGAAAGGGACGCUUACCUGUACGGCAUCUGGGAAGGACGGGAGCUUUGGGUGAAGGCGACCCUGCGGCCUGGUUUAGAAAAGACGUUGCUAGCAUGA